UGUCAGUGCGUCUUUGCGCAUGCGCUGCGCUUUGUGAAUGGUGCGGUGUCUUCUGGGACACAACACAGGUCAUCUCCUGUACUAUGUCCGCAGUCUCUGGUCAUCUCCUGUACUGUGUCCGCAGUCUCUGGUCAUCUCCUGUACUGUGUCCGCAGUCUCUGGUCAUCUCCUGUACUGUGUCCGCAGUCCCUGGUCAUCUCCUGUACUGUGUCCGCAGUCUCUGAUCAUCUCCUGUACUAUGUCCGCAGUCUCUGGUCAUUCCCUGUACUAUGUCCGCAGUCUCUGGUCAUCUCCUGUACUGUGUCCGCAGUUUCUGGUCAUCUCCUGUCCUGUGUUUGCAGUCUCUGGUCAUCUCCUGUACUGUGUCCGCAGUCUCUGAUCAUCUCCUGUACUAUGUCCGCAGUCUCUGGUCAUCUCCUGUACUGUGUCCGCAGUUUCUGGUCAUCUCCUGUACUGUGUCCGCAGUCUCUGGUUAUCCCCUGUACUAUGUCUGCAGUC